UAAAGUAUUUCCUUCAUCCCGACAUCCGGUGCGGUGCAAGUGUUGACGCGUUUGUAGUGUAAAAGGUGUAUUUUCUCAUUUUCAAAAAUGAGUUUUAAUGAUGAUAGUGGUUUGCAAGACGAUGCCAAUGAUAAAGAUGAUAGGGCUCAUUUCGUUGCACCGGUAAUUCAAGAUAAUCCAGAUGGAUGGGGUCCUUUUGGAUUACUCGAUCCAUUCAAAGACAUGCCGUACCAGCCAUUUUCCAAAGGAGAUAGGCUCGGCAAGAUUGCAGAUUGGACGGGAUCUGCAUUCCAGGAUAAGAAAUUUACAAAUAAAUAUGCAUCCCAAUUUGGUUCUGGAAGCCAAUACGCCUACUAUCAUGACGAGGAUGAGUCGACAUUCCAUCUGGUGGACACCACGAGGGUGCAGAAACCUCCAUAUCAACGAGGACGUUACGGCAGGCAUAAUCAACGCAACAUGCGUGGUCGUGGCAGUCAGCGUGGUGCAAUGAACCAGAUGCAAGCACUAGGCAAGUUGAAAUUGCGCGAACGUGAACGUAAGGGACAAACAAAACGUUGGGGUCGUCAGCAAGGUUUCCGAAAUCAUAAAAAUCAACCACCAAUUAAGAUUCGUGACGCCUCCGUCACUGUACGUCCCGAUUGGGUGACCAUCGAGGAAAUGGAUUUCCCACGUUUAGCAAAACUCUCACUUCCUGGCGUCAAAGACGGCGAGGAUGUUCUCUGCUGUGGUUCUCUCGAAUACUACGACAAAUCCUAUGAUCGCGUCAAUGUGAAAAAUGAGAAACCCCUGCAAAGAAUUGAUCGCAUUUUCCACACUGUCACAACAACUGACGAUCCAGUGAUUCGUAAACUUUCCAAAACCGAGGGCACUGUUUACGCCACCGACGCAAUUCUCGCUACAAUUAUGUGCUGCACACGCAGCAAUUAUUCCUGGGAUAUUGUCAUUGAGAAAAUUGGCGACAAACUAUUCUUUGAUAAGCGCGACAAUACUGAAUUUGAUUUACUCACCGUUAACGAGACAAGCGUUGAGCCACCGCAAGAUGAUGGCAAUUCAUUGAAUUCACCAAGAAAUUUGGCUCUGGAAGCCACAUUCAUCAAUCAUAAUUUCUCACAACAGGUUCUUAAAUCAAACGAACCGCGUUAUAAAUUCGAUGAGGGUAAUCCAUUCAUUUCCGAAGAGGAGGAGAGCGACGUUGCCAGUGUCGCUUAUCGUUAUCGUAAAUGGGAUUUAAAUAACGGAAUUGUAUUAAUUUCAAGAUGCGAACACGACGCCGUGAUGCAGGGUCCAAAUAACGAGACACAAUUCUUAACCGUCAAAGCAUUGAAUGAAUGGGAUUCGAAACUCGCCAAUGGCGUUGAAUGGCGUCAGAAAUUGGACACACAACGUGGCGCUGUACUCGCCAAUGAAUUGCGUAAUAACGCCUGUAAAUUGGCGAAAUGGACAGUUCAAGCACUGCUCGCUGGUUCUGAUCAAAUUAAAUUUGGAUACGUUUCGAGAGCAAUGGUACGCGACUCAAGCAAACAUGUUAUUCUCGGCACACAACAAUACAAACCCAAUGAAUUUGCAACUCAAAUUAAUCUCAAUAUGGAUAAUGCCUGGGGUAUUCUGAGAUGUAUCAUUGACAUCUGCAUGAAGCAAAAGGACGGAAAGUAUCUAAUCAUGAAGGAUCCGAAUAAGCCAAUGAUUCGUCUCUACGAUAUUCCUGAUAAUACUUUCGAGAGCGAGGGCGAUGAAGACGACGAUGAUGAACCUAUUAAUGACGCCUUCCAAAGUUAACGGACACGUCCAGUUUCAAUCAAUUGAUUUUCUACAAGAAUCUACAAAUUUUUUACAGUAAUUUAUAUUGCCAGGACGAAUAAUUAUUAUCGUUGUGAAAAGCAUUUAUUACUGUGAUAAUAAAAGAAAAAAGCACAAUUUGGAAGUCAAA